UGUACCGUUCUGACUGUCACUCACAAUCGUUUUAGCUACCUAUCAAGAUGGCAGAACCUAGCAUGGAUCCCAUCAAUACACCUGUGGCCCCGGCUCUCAAGCCCAAGAGACGGUUCGUUGGGGCGUCCAGCCGGCCCAACGCCUCGAGAGGCGGUAAAGCCGUUCCACCUAGACGGGUGAACCAGAUUCCUGAUGAGAUCUUGAAUGACAAAGCACUGAACGAGGCUAUCUCUGACUUGCCCGGCAAUUACUCGUUCGAGAUUCACAAGACUGUUCAUGCGCUCAGGAAAGACAGGAUCCAAUGUGUCGCUCUGCAGAUGCCAGAAGGUCUUAUGAUAUAUGGCCCCAUCAUCGCCGAUAUCCUGGAAGAAUAUACGUACCCCGAGACGCCGGAGGGGAAGUGGAAAGGGAUGACUCUCGAGCCGCUCUUGUUGGCGGACGUGACUUAUGGGGCGUGCUGUAUCGACGACUUCACUGCCAAGGAAAUGGGAGCGGAGAUGAUCGUACACUACGGCCAUAGCUGUCUGAUCCCCGUCUCACAAACCACCUUAAAGACGCUAUAUAUCUUUGUUGAGAUCGCCAUCGACCCGCUACACCUCUCUCUUAGCGUCCGUCGGAAUUUCCCUUCAGAAAGUACGGCCUUUCAACGAACUAUUCUCGAUCGCCAGGCGUCUGGUAGUUCUAGCACUAGCAACAACAAUAGCAACGUCACGCCUGACAAGGGAAAAGGAAGACUAGAAAUCGGAAUCGAGGAAGACCCUUCGGGCGUCGUACCCGUCGCUAAGAAGACCAAAAUCGCCCUCGUCUCGACUGUACAGUUCAUCUCGGCCGUACACGCCUUGCGGGAAGCUUUGGAAGAACCCUUGCCUUCGCUCGAUACCGGGAUCGACAACGAUAAUGUGGAUGUCGGGAAGGGCAAGUCAGAGUUGCUCAGGAUCAAGGCUGAGGAGGUCGGAGUGUGGAGGGGAGCGUAUGAGAUCGUGAUUCCUCAGUCGAAACCGCUCAGCCCUGGAGAGGUUCUGGGAUGUACGGCCCCGAAACUGGACGACGACGUCGAUGCCUUGAUCUAUGUCGGCGAUGGACGAUUCCACCUGGAGAGCAUCAUGAUCGCCAAUCCGUCUUGUCCUGCCUUCCGGUACGAUCCCUACGACAAGAAGUUUACGCGGGAAGGGUACGAGCACGAGGAGAUGAGGGGGUUGAGGGGGGAGGCGGUUAAGCAGGCCAGGAAGAACUUGCUUACCGGGACUGUGACUGGGGAUGCUCAAGUUGGGAUAGCGGAAGAUAAAGAGGUUUAUGAGGGGAACGCCGGAGCGGCUGGGUUUGGGGUGGUACUUGGAACACUCGGACGGCAAGGAAGUCUGAGCGUCCUCAAGACCAUCAAAGCGGGCCUUCCGACCACAGACGCCUCGACAGCAGAGAUCCCACCCUACCUAUUAUUGCUCUCGGAACUUUCACCUCAAAAGCUCGACCUCCUGCCACAUUCCCAAUUAUCGACCUUUGUUCAGACUUCUUGUCCGCGACUGAGCAUCGAUUGGGGAUACGCCUUCAGUCGCCCAUUAUUGAGUCCUUACGAGGCGAGCGUGGCUAGCGGACGAAUCAAGGGAUGGGAAGGGUUGAGACUGGAGGACGGACUGGGGACCUCGGUUGGCGAGGGAGGAUACCCGAUGGACUUUUAUUCGGACGAUUCGCUGGGCCCUUGGACGCCUCGGCAUGGUAUGGGAAGACCGAAAAGAGUAGCGGUGUGACGACAAGGUAGAACGCAAUUGUCAAGGUCGAUACGUCGGCGGAGCGAUCCUACAGCUUCGGACCCAUGAACCGUUAUGAAACCCGUUUCUACUUGAUGUUCUGCCUUGGUGUUCAAGCCGCUGUAGUGACAAUUGGCCAGGACGAUGCCAUCGACCAUGACUUCUCAGA